AUUGUGUCGCUUACUUUGGCAGCAACAAAAGUGGUAAAGUUUAUGCCUAACUUAUGCAGUGCAGCAACAAGAACAAUGUGUUUGGUAAACACCAAGAAUGACAAAUACUUGGUCAACACCAAGAAUGAACAAAAAAUGACAGAAACAAUUUUUUAUGUCAUGUCUUACUAGUAAGAAGACUAAUUUCCAACUGACUGCAAAAUGCAAAAAACAUCAUAUAUAUAUGUGUCCCUUGAGACAUACCUAAGGCCAUUACCAUUAUGUAAAAGAACAAUGGCAGCAAAGAUUUGAUGGAUUUAUUUAUUACUAAGCAGAUCAAUGUGACAGAUGACAUCCGAUAUAUAUGGAUUGAUCCUCGUGGCCAAGAAGAUAAUGGUGCAGGGUCAGGUGUUUCUCGGGAUAUUUAUUCUUCAUUCUGGAAUGAAGUAUACAAUGCAUACUUGUAUGGCGAGCAAGAAAGAGUGCCACAAGUUCGGCAUGAUUUGUACAAACAAGAGUGGCGUGCAAUUGGCAUGAUCAUUUUAAAGGGGUAUGUUGACACUGGUUACUUUCCAAUCAGUUUGAGUCGAGCAUUUUUAUGUUUUUGUUUGUUCGGAGAAGUUCCAGAAGAGCUGCUGAUAUCUUCAUUCCUGAAAUACUUGUCAUCAGAUGAAAGUCAGUUGGUGACAAAAGCCAUUGGUAAAAACGAAGGUAAGAAUGUUAUUCACAGUGAUGAAUUUGCUGAAAUUUUGGAACAAUUCAAAUGUAAAACUGUAGUAAUAGAAUCAAAUGUGAAAUCAGUUAUCAUUGAAUUAGCCUCAUGUUGGGAAGUUGCCUUUUCAGAGCUAAAAAAGAAGCCAGAAUUUCCAUCCAUGAAGAAUAUUGUGAAGUUUUAUGAAAGAUUGGAACCAACCACAAAAAAGGUUGUAGCCUUGUUCAAAAAUGUCCAUACGAGUAGCAGUGCUGAACAAGACUCAUUCAAUUAUUUAAAGCGUUAUGUGAGAGGUUUGGAAACCAUUAUGUUGAAAAAAUUUAUGAAGUUCAUAACAGGCUCAGAUAACAUGGUUGUUGAUACAGUAGAAAUAAUUUUCACGCGACCGGAAUCGAAUUUUAGUCGUAGACCAGUAGCUCACACAUGCACACCAAGGUUAGAACUUCCUUCAACUUAUAAUAAUUAUUGCGAACUCCGUGAAGAAUUCAGCAAUAUAUUGCAGUCAUCUGAAUGGGAGCUGGACAUCAUUUAAACUGAUUUUGGAUCCUUUUUUGUUUUGUUGUUAUGUUUGAACUGACAGACAAUAGAGUUACCAGUAUUCUGUUUUGUUAACACUUUUUUAUACAAUUUUUAAGAGGGUUUUUAGGUCCAAUAAAAAACUUUCCGAUUUA